UUCGGUUAGCUGGGAGCGUGAAACCGCGUGAGAAAGUUGCCAUUGAGGUAAAGCAGAGCUAGGAGGUGGACUGUCGCCGCAACUGAAGGGAGUUGUUGCUAUCAAAACUAACAACAUAUUUUUUUUUUUUUGGAGGGGUUGAAUCUAUUUCGGACGUACUUUUUCAUCCAAACUCAGCGGGGGAAGUAAAUAUUUGUUUUUGUUUUUUUGUGACUGUUCGACCGCCAGCUAGCGACCGCGGCGAGUCAAGUGGGAACUCUUCACUGCAAUUAACUUGUGUGGAUUUGUUUCUGAUGCUCUCCUCGGACUGAGAGCCGCUUGAAUUUGUACUCGGAAUACAUCGGGACCUACACACUAAAAAACAAACGCAGGAGUGAUUGAGGAGGCUCCUUUUUUUUUUUUUUUCUCCCCCUCACCUGGUUCUUACCCUCUGCCUUCCUCCUCCUCCUCCUCCUCCUCUUAGCUGCCUCCAGCUAAUGAGCCGUUUCCCGUGUUUUUCCGGUUGAUUUACGGCCCCGCGUUUGCCGCGCGGAGCGGAGGACAACGACCGAGAGACAGACGAGAGAGGAGCGGAGGGGGAUUCAUAUCAAAGCUUUCGGAGCAGUUUUGUGUUUUUUUUGUUGUUGUUGGAUUGGUCCGAGUGAUAAAUGAUGGAUUCGUCUCCGUGAGCCUCCUUCACCCUCACCGUACCCUCAUUUGAUCCCCCCCCCCACACACACACACACAAACCGGGACUUUUUCAAGAAGGAAACGGUCACAUCCUCCCGGAGAUAACAAUGUUUCCCCAGGGGCGACACCCGACGCCCCACCAGGCUCCAGGCCAGCCCUUCAAGUUCACCAUCCCAGAGUCACUGGACCGCAUCAAGGAGGAGUUCCAGUUUCUUCAGGCACAGUACCACAGUCUCAAGCUGGAGUGUGAGAAGCUGGCCAGUGAAAAGACGGAGAUGCAGAGACACUACGUCAUGUACUACGAGAUGUCUUAUGGCCUCAACAUCGAAAUGCACAAACAGACUGAGAUUGCCAAGAGACUAAACACCAUCUGUGCGCAAGUCAUUCCCUUCCUCUCACAGGAGCAUCAACAGCAGGUGGUCCAAGCUGUGGAGCGAGCAAAACAGGUGACCAUGGCAGAGCUUAAUGCCGUCAUCGGGGUACGUGGACUGCCAGGUCUUCCACCCACACAGCAGCAUCUAUCCCACAACCACAGCGGUGCCCCAGUGCCCCUCACUCCUCACCCUGCUGGCCUCCACCCCUCACAGCUGGGCGGUUCAGCUGGUCUCCUGGCUCUAUCAGGAGCACUCGGUGCUCUUCCUCCCCAUCUUAUGGGAAAAGAUGGCGGUGAUAAAAAGCCCCACCUGUCUGGACCGGACUCACACUCUGCAGGGCCGGAGCACCUGAGAGAGCGAGAGCCCGGCACAAGUAACUCAUUGCUGCCAGAAAGUCUCAGGAACUCAGAUAAGCGACGGAACGGACCCGAGUUUCCGAAUGACACCAAGAAACGCAAGGUGGAUGACAAGGACUCCAGCCACUAUGAUAGCGACGGGGAUAAAAGUGAUGAUAAUUUAGUGGUGGAUGUCUCGAAUGAGGAUCCAGCCUCCCCUCGAGGCACCCCUCUCCCCUCUCCUCGAGAAAAUGGCCUGGAUAAAGCACGACUUCUCAAGAAAGACCCCUGCAGUCCAGCCUCUACUGCAUCAUCAGCUAGCUCCUCCUCCCUCAAGUCCAAAGAGAUGUCAAUGCGAGACAAAGCAGGUACACCUGGACUGAAGUCAAGCACACCCACACCACGAGGUGACUCCACCCCUGGUCCAAGCUCAACUCCUGGAAUCCGGCCAAGCCUGUCAAAACCCCCCUCAAUGGAGAUACCACAUCCACCCACUGCAGGUUUGCGGACCCCCCUGGCUGUACCAGGCCCAUACCCAGGUGCAUUUGGUAUGUUGCCCCAUGCAGCAGGAAUGAACGGAGAGCUGGCUGGCGCUGCCGGGGCUGCGGCCUAUGCUGCCGGACUGCACAACAUGUCACCUCAGAUGAGCGCUGCUGCUGCGGCCGCUGUGGCUGCAUACGGGCGUUCACCCAUGGUUGGUUUUGAUCCUCAUCCUCACAUGCGAGUUCCUGGCAUGCCUCCCAGUCUGACAGGGAUCCCUGGUGGCAAACCCGCUUACUCCUUUCAUGUGGCGGCAGACGGGCAGAUGCAGCCUGUGCCGUUCCCCCCGGAUGCUUUGGUGGGCCCAGGGAUUCCUCGCCACGCCCGGCAGAUCAACACACUAAACCAUGGAGAGGUGGUGUGCGCCGUUACCAUCAGUAACCCCACCCGACACGUUUACACAGGAGGGAAGGGUUGCGUCAAGGUCUGGGACAUUAGUCACCCAGGAAACAAAAGCCCGGUGUCGCAGCUUGACUGUCUGAACAGAGACAACUACAUCCGCUCCUGUCGUCUCCUCCCUGAUGGUCGUACGUUGAUUGUGGGAGGUGAGGCGAGCACGCUGUCGAUUUGGGAUCUGGCCACGCCUACUCCUCGCAUUAAGGCAGAGUUAACAUCAUCAGCACCAGCAUGUUACGCAUUGGCCAUCAGCCCAGACUCCAAGGUCUGCUUCUCUUGCUGCAGCGAUGGAAACAUUGCGGUCUGGGAUUUACACAACCAGACACUUGUUAGGCAGUUCCAGGGCCACACAGAUGGGGCCAGCUGUAUCGACAUUUCCAACGACGGCACCAAGCUGUGGACCGGUGGCCUCGAUAACACUGUGCGCUCGUGGGAUCUGAGAGAGGGACGGCAGCUGCAGCAGCAUGACUUCACAUCACAGAUCUUCUCUCUCGGCUACUGCCCGACAGGAGAGUGGCUCGCUGUGGGAAUGGAGAGCAGCAACGUUGAGGUUCUUCAUGUCACCAAGCCUGACAAAUAUCAGCUUCAUCUACAUGAGAGCUGUGUACUCUCCCUACAGUUCGCCUACUGUGGUAAAUGGUUUGUGAGCACAGGAAAGGACAACUUACUGAAUGCGUGGAGAACACCGUACGGAGCCAGCAUAUUCCAGUCUAAAGAAUCUUCCUCGGUGCUAAGCUGUGAUAUAUCUGUGGACGACAAGUACAUCGUCACUGGUUCAGGGGACAAGAAGGCCACCGUUUACGAGGUCAUCUACUAAACAUAUGGAAAGAAAGCAAGGACAUCUGUUCUUUCCCACACACCCAAUAUGUUUCAUGAGAUUUUCAUGUGGAGCCAGAAACCGCAGAAGACAAGACUGACCUGGGUGGGACCUUCUUUUCUAUGUUAACAUCUGCCAAGGAGACAGAGAAAAGAGGAGACGAACAUUUUACGUGCACAUAUCGAUUGUGCCUGUAGACAUGACUCCGUAUCAGCUGGGAAUUAGCUGGAGGAGCUGGAUGUUAAUGGAACUAUUUGGAUGUUGGAUGACGUGUCUUUGCUGCUUUCUGCUACAGACUGCACUGGGAUCAGUUACAGGGACCAGAACCAAAGGGGGGCACUGCGUUGUUUUGACUCGGUCACACUGUACUGAACAUCAGAUUUGAAACCACACUUGAUUCAUAGUCAUGACCAGGGGCAGAGGCCCUAGAACGAAACACUCGAACCAGAAGUUUGAAUAUGUAUACGAACGGAAAAAGAAACGUGGACAGAAACUGACAAAAUAACAGAGACGGAGGAGGAGAAGUAACGCGGUGAAUGCAGAAGAUGUUGUUUUGUAUUUUGUUCACAGCCUGUUGAUCUCUCGCUUUGACUCUCUGACCUUAGAACCUCAGCUUGCUGUUCUGAUACGCCUACACUGUCUGAAAAGUACCUUUUCUGUCUUAAUAGAUAAGUCCUAUCCUCACUAACUGCACUGUAGUGGUAGCUGUCCACCUACACAGUUAGUACACACACACACACACACACACACUGUAAACAUACUGAAGGCUGUGUUGACUUGUCUAGCAUCAUGCCAUCGUUGAUUUUCCGUGAUGGGUUAGUUUGAUACUCAUGAAGUGAAGUAUGUUUUUGUAAUUUGUACCAACUUCAGAUGCCACCAAAAAGCAUUUAGGUACUUUAAUGAAACAUUUGCAUAGCAGACCAAACAAGCUUCCAGAACAGGAAGUUUUUCUCCCUCCUGUAUAUUUUAUGAUUCUGGUUCAAUUAGUUGGGAAACCGUUCAGAUUGAAUUCAAUUGAUGCUUUUCCUCUACUGUCCCUGUUUCAACAGAUCAUUCCUACUUACACGUUUCCACACAGCGAGGAUAACGUGGGAUUUCUUUUAGCUUUUUUAGCCCUCGCGCCCUGUACUGGCUGGGUGCUGCAGCGUAUGUCAUCAACUGCACGUCGGCAGGGUGAGCCCCACCUUCGCUCGCACUAGUACUGAAUUGACCUGAGACCAUUUCAGAGACUCGGCAUUGGUAAUUGGUCAGUUGGAUGUAGCUUCAGAGUUACAUAUAGCCGUUCUCAUAUGGUCUUGUUUAAAUCUAGACAGACUGCUGUUAAUUUUAACGCAAUCCAUGUGCUCGUGGUCACUUUUUACAAAAAGUUCAUUGGUUGAGGUUUCUCUUUGUUUGAAAUUCACCCCGACUCUGCCUUUGUAACUCUUUGUCUUACUGUUUGAGAUGGUUAAUCACGCUUCAUAAACAGGGACCAACUAUACUUCUAAAAAAGAUCAUCUUGACAAUUAAAUGAACCUCGUGUUUAAAGUCCUUUUUAUGCCAUAUUCACAAAACAAACAUCUUAAAAACAGAAUUGCCUUUUUGUUUUAAAUCAUUUAUUUCUGCUAAUAUUUCUUGAAUGUCGGAUGUGAAAUUGCCUUGGGAAGUUCAACUGUGUCGUGUUGUCUUUUGACUUCACACAGAUGAUUUAAGACGACAAGCGAGGUAAAAUUAUUUGUCAAGAUGGUCUUCUAGAGAAAAGGUUAGCAAAGGUGCAGUUGUAUUUCAGCUUCAGGAAGGAGUCAGUCAGUUUCAGCCAUUUUUAACUCAUUAAUUUCAUGACAUUGUGCUUAGUUUUUUUGUUUUUUUUAAAUCUAUUUGUCUGUUGAAUGUUUGUAAAAAUGUAUAUAUCUGUUUUUUUUUUCUUACAGGACAUUCUUUAGAAAUAACAAACUGUUUUUGUACGUCUUUUACAUGGAAAAGAAACGUCUAAUCAGGAGAAAUACUAAAUGGUCUUAAUGCUAGCUAAUCUAAAAUGAUUGAAAUAUCUAGACAAUAAAUGUGUUUUUGUUUUUUUUUUGUAACCGCAGUGGUCUGACUUUCUGGAUUGAACACGAGUACCUCACUUAUGAAAUCUUUUGGAUCCAUCAACAGAUCAAUGAGAUGGAAACAGUUUACAGAGUCAGUCUUGUAUUCAGAAAGUAGUUUUCAAUGUAUAUGUUGCUGAAACUCGGUGACCAGCAGAGGAUAAUGGUUUAGCUUUGUGUGGACAAAACUUUGAAACAAAAUAAAAUGUACUUAUUUCAGCAUAA